AAAAGAAUGGCUGCUCAACGACAGUGCAAAGUUCUAAACGUGGCGGAGAAGAACGACGCAGCUAGGGAGCUGUCCAAGGUCAUGUCGAGGGGGAGAUUCAACAGGAGAGAGGGAUUUUCAAAGUUCAAUAAAAUCUACGAGUUCGACUUCAACAUUCUCGGCAAGGAGUGCAAGAUGGUAAUGACUUCUGUUUCAGGACAUCUUCUCUCUCUUGACUUUGCACCUGCCUACAAAAACUGGAAGAGCUGUAGGCCGGGUUCUCUGUUCACAGCAGAAAUAAAGAGGUUCUGUCCUGAAAAUUUCACUCCUAUCAAGAGGACGCUGGAGAAGGAGAUCCGCGGUUGUCAGCACCUGGUUCUGUGGACCGACGGAGACAGAGAAGGAGAGAACAUUGCCGAGGAAAUCGUACACGUCUGCACACAAGUUAAGAAGACGGUGCAGAUCCACAGAGCAAGGUUCUCAGAGAUCACUCCACAGUCAAUCAUGCGUGCAUGUGCCUCACUCGGUCGACUGAAUCAGAACGUCUCAGAUGCUGUCAAAGUCCGCCAGGAGGUAGACCUCAGAAUUGGGUGUGCGUUCACGAGGUUCCAGACCAUGAGGCUGAAACAGGUCUUCUCGAGUGUCCUGAGUGAUCAGCUCAUCAGCUAUGGACCCUGCCAGUUCCCCACUCUUGGGUUUGUGGUGGAGAGGUACAAACAGGUGCAGGCGUUCAUUCCAGAGUCGUUCCACAAGAUCAAGGUGGUUCACGAGACAACUGAGGGCAGGGUCGAGUUCAACUGGAAGAGAGUUAGGGUGUUCAACCACACCGUGUGCCUGAUUCUCUACCAGAUGUGUUUAGAAUCUCCGCUGGCCCGUGUGACAGGUAUUCACAGCAGACAGCGGAGCAAGUGGAGACCUCUCCCGCUAGACACUGUGGAGUUGGAGAAGACAGGCCUCCCGUAAGAUGAGGAUCAAUGCCAAAGAGACUAUGAGAAUAGCAGAGAAGCUCUACACUCAAGGGUUCAUCAGUUAUCCUCGUACUGAGACCAACAUGUUCCCGGAGUCCUUUGACCUGACUGCCAUCGUCAGAGAUCAGACUCCUCAUCCCAACUGGGGAGGGUUUGCUAGUCAGUUGCUGGCCAGGGGAGUGACUCCUCGCCAGGGCAACAAGACUGACAACGCCCACCCUCCCAUCCACCCCACCAAAUACACCAACUCCCUACAGGGAAAUGAGCAGAGGAUCUACGAGUACGUGGUGCGUCAUUUCCUGGCCUGCUGCUCCCAGAACGCCGAGGGUCACGAGACCAGCGUGGAGAUAGAGGUGGCUGGGGAGGGCUUCUCUGCCCAGGGACUGGCCAUCACUGCCAGGAACUAUCUUGACGUGUUCCCUUAUGACAAGUGGUCUGAUAAGACGAUGCCAGUAUACCAAGAGAACAGCACCUUCCAACCAUCCUCCAUUGAGGUAGAGCAACUACUCAGCAUUUUGCACAUGUUGUGAAUUUUAAGUAUCGUAUAUAGUUGAUAGGCAUGUAAACUGCACAGCUCAUACCUUCACAUGAACAAAGAAGGAAGAGAUGGGGUGCUUCUACGGGCUUCAUGACCUACACAUGUGUAGAUAGUGCAUAAGCACACUUGCUCGCGUAUCCACAAUGGCCAAUGUUCAUACGGAUCAUUAUACAUACGUAGUGAAUGUGGUGUACCAGACUCAUAGUGUCGGUAUAUAUAUAUAUACAGAAUGUCCAAUGUAUUAGAUGGUGGAAGGGGAGACGAGUCCUCCGUCACUCCUGCAAGAGGCAGACCUCAUUGCACUCAUGGAGAAACAUGGCAUUGGUACUGAUGCGACUCACGCGGAGCACAUCGAGACCAUAAAGAACAGGAACUAUGUGGGAGUCCAGAGUGACGGACACUUUGUACCGGGAGAACUUGGCAUGGGGCUGGUGGAAGGUCAGGCAGAGGUCUAGACUAGCCCUUCAAUAUAGUAUGGUGACAGUAGAAUUGUACCAGUUGGUGAUUUUCCAUUUUACUAGUUCAGAAGUCAAGUGUUGGCAAGACUGUACAGGUUUAGGUCUAAAUUGAGGGUUUUGUAGCUAUUUUUCGUGGGACUGCGAAUUUAACCACUUACCAUUAAAAUAUGUGUGUGCUGUACAUUGCUGUAGGGUAUGAUGCCAUGGGGUAUGAGCUGGCAAAGCCCAGACUCAGAGCCGAGCUGGAAAACGACCUGAAACUAUUGGAUGAAGCACUAUCAAAGUAUUUCGGCCCUCCACAGCAAGUCACACAACAAGUGCGGACCGCCUCCAGUACACUGUCUGGAGCUACGGUUCAGACCGGGCUCCGUGCCUCCUGCGUGCCACGAGAGAUGACAGCAUGCACCACAUGUCAUCUCACUCUCCUGCACGACCUCCAGUUCCCCUCCAUCAGAGUCACUCAGAACAACGCUUCCUCCUCGACCACCACCGGGUCGUCUUCUGGUGGGCGUGGGAGAAGGCAAAGGGGUGGAGUUUCACCCCAGCCAAGGGACGAGGGGAAGAGGUGGUGGGUGGUGGUGGUGGUGAGAGGAGAAGACAGGGAGGACGGGGGAGGGGGGAUGGUGGUGGGAAUGGUGAUGAGUGGAGAGGUGGAGGAGGAGGGGGAAGAGUGUCUUUUAGUUACUCAUCAACUGCAUUCACCUCCUCUCAACCAGAUUCAGAGCCGUCAAUUUCACAAGUGCAGCAAGCGAGGAGAUGGCGGCUGUAACUUCUUUCUCUGGAUGGACCAAGACCCACACCCUGCUCCCCUCUCCUCCUCUCUCCCUCCUCCUCCCUCUCCCUCUCCCUCUUCCUCUGUCCACACCUCUGGAUACGGCUCCAUGAAUACCAGUUGCUCUGGGUCAUCUCGUUCAGGACCUGGAUUUCUCUCUGCGCCCAAACGAGGUUCAGGGAGGGGCAGGAGAGGGAGAGGAGGAGGGAGAGGGACAGCUGCUACUAGUGGAGGUGGUGCUGGAAUGGGUGUGGUGUGUAACUGCGGCCAAGAUGCUGUCAUGCGGACGGUGCAGAAAGAAGGGCCCAACAAAGGACGACAGUUCUGCACCUGCUCCAAACCCAGGGAAGACCAGUGCGGCUUCUUCGAAUGGGCUGACGAUGUCCCUACCUCAAACAUCACUCCUGGUCUGUUCUUCUAUCUAGUCUAUAAGAAAAAUAUGGUUUGGUAGAUUUGUAGA